CGAAAAGGUCAAAUCUUUGAUGAUUCCAUCAUACAUGAUUGAGUUGCGAAAACUUCUGGAUAGGUAUCCUACAUCGGAACCGAAUUCCUUCUGGUUAAAGAAUCUCUUUUUGGUUGCUUUGGAACAAUUAGGAGAUUCCCUAGAAGAAAUAUGGGGUUCUGUUUCUGGCGACAACAUGCUAUUGGGUAGUGGUCCCGCUUAUGGGUUCAAAUCAAUACGUUCUAAGAAAAAAUAUUUGAAUAUUAAUCUAAUCGAUAUCAUCGAUCUCAUAAGUAUCAUACCAAAUCCCAUCAAUCGAAUCACUUUUUCGAGAAAUACGAGACAUCUAAGUCAUACAAGUAAAGAGAUCUAUUCAUUGAUAAGAAAAAGAAAAAGGGUGAACGGUGAUUGGAUUGAUGAUAAAAUAGAAUCCUGGGUCGCGAGCAGUGAUUCGAUUGAUGAUGAAGAAAGAGAAUUCUUGGUUCAGUUCUCCACUUUAACGACAGAAAAAAGGAUUGAUAAAAUUCUAUUGAGUCUGACUCAUAGUGAUCAUUUAUCAAAGAAUGACUCUGGUUAUCAAAUGAUUGAACAACCGGGAGCAAUUUACUUACGACACUUAGUUGACAUUCAUAAAAAGUAUCUAAUGAAUUAUGAGUUCAAUACAUCUUGUUUAACAGAAAGACGAGUAUUCCUUGCUCAUUAUCAGACAAUCACUUAUUCACAAACCUCGUGUGGGGCUAAUAGUUUUCAUUUCCCAUCUCAUGGAAAACCCUUUUCGCUCCGAUUAGCCCUAUCCCCCUCUAGAGGUAUUUUAGUGAUAGGUUCUAUAGGAACUGGACGAUCCUAUUUGGUCAAAUACCUAGCGACAAACUCCUAUGUUCCUUUUAUUACGGUAUUUCUGAACAAGUUCCUGGAUAACAAGCCUAAAGGUUCUCUUAUUGAUCUUAGUGACGAUAUUUAUGCUAGUGCUAGUGACGAUAUUGAUGCUAGUGACUAUAUUGAUGCUAGUGACGAUAUCGAUUAUGACCUUGAUACGGAGCUGGAGCUGCUAACUAUGGAUAUGAUGCCGGAAAUAGACCCAUUUUCUAUCACCCUUCAAUUCGAAUUAGCAAAAGCAAUGUCUCCUUGCAUAAUAUGGAUUCCAAACAUUCAUGAUCUGGAUGUGAAUGAGUCGAAUUACUUAUCCCUCGGUCUAUUAGUGAACUAUCUCUCCAGGGAUUGUGAAAAAGGGUCUACUAGAAAUAUUCUUGUUAUUGCUUCGACUCAUAUUCCGCAAAAAGUGGAUCCCGCUCUAAUAGCCCCGAAUCAAUUAAAUACAUGCAUUAAGAUACGAAGGCUUCGUAUUCCACAACAACGAAAGCACUUUUUGACUCUUUCAUAUACUAGGGGAUUUCACUUGGAAAAGAAAAUGUUCCAUACUAAUGGAUUCGGGUCCAUAACCAUUGGUUCCAAUGUACGAGAUCUUGUAGCACUUAUCAAUGAGGCCCUAUCGAUUAGUAUUACACAGAAGAAAUCCAUUCUAGACACUAAUACAAUUCGAUCCGCUCUUCAUAGACAAACUUGGGAUUUGCGAUCCCAGGUAAGAUCGGUUCAGGAUCAUGGGAUCCUUUUCUAUCAGAUAGGAAGGGCUGUUGCACAAAAUGUACUUCUAAGUAAUUGCCCUAUAGAUCCUAUAUCUAUCUAUAUGAAGAAGAAAUCAUGUAACGAAGGGGAUUCUUAUUUGUACAAAUGGUACUUCGAACUUGGAACGAGCAUGAAGAAAUUAACGAUACUUCUUUAUCUUUUGAGUUGUUCUGCCGGAUCGGUCGCUCAAGAUCUUUGGUCUCUACCCGGACCCGAUGAAAAAAAUGGGAUCACUUCUUAUGGACUCGUUGAGAAUGAUUCUUAUCUAGUUCAUGGCCUAUUAGAAGUAGAAGGCGCUCUGGUGGGAUCCUCACGGACAGAAAAAGAUUGCAGUCAGAAUGAUCGAGUGACGUUGUUUCUUCGGUCCGAACUAAGGGAUCCUUUAGAUAUGAUGCAAAAUGGAUCUUGUUCUAUCCUUGAUCAUAGAUUUCUCUAUGAAAAAUACGAAUCGGAAUUGGAAGAAGGGGAAGGAGCCCUCGAUCCGCAACAGAUAGAGGAGGAUUUAUUCAAUCACAUAGUUUGGGCUCCUAGAAUAUGGAACCCCUGGGGCUUUCUAUUUGAUUGUAUCGAAAGGCCCAAUGAAUUGGGAUUUCCCUAUUGGGCCGGGUCAUUUCGGGGCAAGCGGAUCAUUUAUGAUAAAGAGGAUGAGCUUCAAGAGAAUGAGUCGGAGUUCUUGCAGAGUGGAACCAUGCAGUACCAGACACGAGAUAGAUUUUCCAAAGAACAGGGAUUUUUUCGAAUAAGCCAAUUCAUUUGGGACCCCUCAGAUCCACUCUUUUUCCUAUUCAAAGAUCAGCCCUUUGGCUCUGUGUUUUCACAUCGUGAAUUCUUUGCAGAUGCAGAGAUAUCAAAGGGGCUUCUUACUUCCCAAAUGAAUCCUCCUAUAUCUAUAUUUCAACGCUGGUUUCUCAAGAAUACGCAAGAAAAGCACUUUGAAUUGUUGAUUAAUCGCCAGAGAUGGCUUAGAACCAACAGCUCAUUAUCGAAUGGAUCUUUCCGUUCUAAUACUCUAUCCGAGAGUUAUCAGUAUUUAUCAAAUCUGUUCCUAUCUAACGGAACACUAUUGGAUCAAAUGACAAAGACAUUGUUGAGAAAAAGAUGGCUUUUCCCGGAUGAAAUGAAAAUUGGAUUCAUGCAAGAGUAGAAAGAUUUCCC